UCUCUCCAUCUCCGAUCCGGGCCUCGGGGGGCUCCGAGGAUGCGGAGGGUCCGCGCCAACGCCAUCGCCCUGCUCACGGUGGCCUGGAUCCUGGGCACUUUCUAUUACUUGUGGCAGGAUGGCAAGCCUCGGGGGGCGGCCGGGGGGCCCGCAGCCGCCGGGAAGCCGGACCUGCCCAAGGACACCCCGACUGAGCCCCUCCGGGUGACCAGGACGCCCCGGAGAGGCUUUGAUGAGAAGGCGUACCUGUCCUCCAAACCGCUGAAGCCCGGGGAGGACCCAUACGGGCAGCACGCCUUCAACCAGCUGGAGAGCGACAAGCUGAGCAGUGACAGACCAAUCCGGGACACCCGCCAUUACAGAUGCACCUCAGCGCACUACCCCUCAGACCUCCCGGCCACGAGCAUCGUCAUCACUUUCCACAACGAGGCCCGCUCCACCCUCCUGCGCACCGUGAAGAGCGUCCUGAACCGCACUCCUCCCAGCCUGGUCCAGGAGAUCAUCCUCGUGGACGACUUCAGCGCCGACCCCGAAGACUGCCAGCUCCUCACCAGGAUCCCCAAGGUCAAGUGUCUCCACAACAACCGGCGAGAAGGCCUGAUCCGGUCCCGUGUCCGAGGGGCAGACGCGGCCACGGCGGACAUCCUCACCUUCCUGGACAGUCACUGUGAGGUGAACAGUGAGUGGCUGCAGCCCCUGCUGCAGAGGGUGAAGGAGGACUACACCCGCGUGGUCAGCCCCAUCAUCGACGUCAUCAGCCUGGACAACUUCGCCUACUUGGCGGCAUCCGCUGACCUGCGGGGAGGCUUCGACUGGAGCCUCCAUUUCAAGUGGGAGCAGAUCCCCAUAGAACAGAAGAUGUCCCGGACAGACCCCACACAGUCCAUCCGAACCCCUGUCAUAGCCGGAGGGAUCUUCGUGAUCGACAAGUCCUGGUUUAACCAUCUGGGGAAAUAUGACACUCAGAUGGACAUCUGGGGAGGAGAAAACUUUGAGCUUUCCUUCCGGGUGUGGAUGUGCGGGGGCAGCUUGGAGAUUGUCCCCUGCAGCCGCGUGGGACAUGUGUUCAGGAAACGCCACCCUUACGACUUCCCUGAGGGCAAUGCCCUCACCUACAUCAAGAACACGAAGCGUGCGGCCGAAGUGUGGAUGGACGAUUACAAGCGGUAUUACUACGAGGCCCGACCUUCGGCCAUCGGCAAGGCCUUCGGCAGCGUGGAAGAGCGAGUGGAGCAACGCCGGAAGAUGAACUGCAAAUCCUUCCAGUGGUAUCUGGAGAACGUCUACCCGGAGCUCAAGGUCCCCGAGAAGGAGCCGGCGCCCGGCAUCAUCCGGCAAGGAGCGAGCUGCCUGGAGUCCCGCGGCCGGGACGAGGCCGGCGAUUCCCCGGCCGGAGUGGGCAGCUGCAGAGGGACGGCGGGCGACCCCGCCGUUACGCAGGAGUGGGUGUUUAGUGAUCCCCUGAUCCGGCAGCGGGACAAGUGUCUGUCCAUCGCCUCCUUCUCAGCUGGAUCCCAAGUCACCCUGGAGGGAUGCAACCAGAAAGACGGCAGACAGAAAUGGAAGCUGAAAGGCGCCCUGAUCCAGCACAUGGUCAGCGGCUUCUGCCUGGAGAACCAGGCGCCCUGGGCGGUGACGGGCCCGUGCCAGGCCGACUCGCCCGGUCAGCGGUGGGAGGUCCUCCACGGCGCGUGACGGCCGCCCGCCCGGACCUCUCUGUCCCUUCUUUUGCAUGAGACUUCGGGGCUGGCAGGGGUUGGGGUGGGGGCCGACCUCGCCCCGUUUCGCCGGGGUCAUCCGCAAACGUUCAUUGCCGCGACACGCGUUUUCCCAAGCUGCCCCCCGGGGACCCCUGCUCUGCCAGCCCUGCCCGUGGAGAGGCACGUUGGUGCCCACCCUGGAGAGGGGGCGGUCAUCAACUCUUCAGGGGGGGCUUCUAGCCCGCUCCUGGGGGCAUCUCCCUCGUGGCUGGAGGGUGGGCUGGGAGAUGGGGAGGACUGACGGAGGGUCUGCAGUGG